UCACGGACUGUGGCGAAAGCACCUAGUCAGGUGUGUUUAAUUCACCAUUACCUUGCUCCGUCACGAGCAAUUCAAAUGAAAGCUCGAAUACAUGUGUUUCACGUCUUGCUGUUUCCAGACUUGACCUUCACCUCUCUCCACUUAGCCUGGAUCACUAUUCGAUGAAAAGCACAUCAACUCCAAACACCUCCAAUGACACACGAUGAUGUCGAUACUGCACGAACAAGCCAUCUCCGACGCCGAAGAUGACGCUUUUGACACUCCACACGAGGCAACCAGUAACCGCGACGAUAAAAGACGCGCCCAAAACGCCAUUUUCGACCAGUGGCUGACCAGUCGCUCUGCCCAAAACGCCUUGAGCUCGGCAGGCAAGACUGGGUCAUCAAAUCCCGGCGAUGACCACCAGUCGAUUGCACAGUUGCUCGCCAAACAACAAUCUGCCCCGAUCGUGAAGAACCCCCGCGAGUAUCAACUUGAGCUCUUCGAGCGUGCAAAGACGACCAACUCUAUCGCAUGUCUUGAUACUGGAAGCGGCAAGACUCUGAUUGCAGUGUUACUGUUACAACAUAUCAUCGAUCAAGAGCUCGAAAACCGAGCAGCUGGUAGACCGCAGAAAGUUGCCUUCUUUCUGUGUUGUUCUGUCGCUCUAGCAUUUCAACAAUUCUCGGUCCUUGAAGCGAAUCUUGAUCACAAAAUCAUCCGGCUAUGUGGAGAUGACCGGACAGAUACCUUGACGAGAUCUGAUUGGGAGCAGAUGUUUGCUGAGCACAAAGUCGUCGUGUGCACGCCUGCAAUAUUGGAACAAUGCCUGUCGCGUGGCCACAUCACCAUGAAGGGGAUCAAUCUGCUUGUCAUCGAUGAAGCUCAUCAUGCGAAGAAGAACCAUCCAUACGCGACGAUAAUCCGCAACUACUAUCGAACGGAGAAAGAUUCGUUGCAAAGACCCCUUGUAUUUGGCAUGACGGCCAGUCCAGUGGACUCCAACACGGACUUUGCACAAGCUGUCUUUGAACUCGAAAAGCUGCUCGAUUCUAAGAUCAUGACCACGGCUGAUAUGAGCCUCGUUGACGCGGUCAACAGACCAUCGGAACAGCUCAUCAGGUACGCGCCUGCACUGGUCGCAGACUACCAGUCGCCCUUUCUGCUAUCCUUGAAGCAGAUCUGCAACGACCAAGACGCCUUUCAAGGCAUACUAAGACGCGCGUCAGAGAUCUCACGGCACCUCGGUCACUGGUGCGCUGAUCGUUACCUAUGCGACGUCAUACAUCCCGAUAACGAAGAUGAGCUCGUCAGGACUGCAAAGAAACGCUUUCACGGCAUGACAUCUGCUUUGGAGUCCAGUUCCGCCGAGGCGGACGUUACAAAGAUGGUUCAAGACAUUAUCGAGUACGUGCAGAGUCAGAAGACAGAUAUUUCACACAAGAACACUGAGGCAUUACGAAAGUCAUACGCCGAGGAAAACCUCAGCCAGCUGAUGAUCGGAACAACAACAACGACAAAUAUCAUGAGUCGCAAAGUUGCACGACUGCUGCAAUACGUGACCCCUGAGUUCGCGCGUGACAACGAACAACGCUGUAUAAUCUUUGUUGAUUGGAAGCAAACUGCACGGCUUCUAUGUCAACUAGUUACCGAGAUCGGGAUCAAUAACUUGAGGCCUGGAUUCGUGACUGGCAGCGGGAAGGAUGAUAAACUUGAUCGCUCAACCUUCAGCCUUCGAUCACAGGUCUUGAGUUUAACUCAUCUCCGUAGCGGCGAAGUGAACUGUAUGUUCGCUACAAGUGUUGCCGAGGAGGGUCUGGACAUUCCGUCUUGCAAUUUGGUCAUCAGAUUCUCAAUUUACAAAACCAUGAUAGCGUAUGUCCAGUCAAAAGGUAGAGCAAGGAAACGAAACUCGAAAUACGUACAUAUGCUCGAAGAGGGCAAUCACUGUGAGAAAUUUCUUGCUCAAGAGGUGAUCCGGGGAGGGCAUACGAUGCGGCAACAUUGCGCAAACCUACCACCAGACCGUCAAUUAAAUGGCAAUAUCGAUCCCGAACGCCUACUUGACGACGCUAUUGAUUUGGAUAUACAUAUCGAGGAGAGCACGGGCGCCAGGCUCACGAUAGGAAAUGCAAUGGCGGUACUUGAACAUUUUGUUUCUGCCGUUCCGUGUUCCAGCGACAGCCGAUUGUCACAGUGCCCUACGUACGCCGUGUUCGCUCGCGGCGGUAGAUUCCAAGCCGAAGUCAUUCUACCUGGUAAUUCUCCGAUAUGUUCUGCGACAGGCAAACCUCAGACCAAGAAGCAGCUUGCAAGGCGGUCCGCUGCAUUCGAGGCCUGUAUGCAGCUUCGCAAGAAAGCUUAUCUAAACGAAUUUUUCAUGCCGAUCUAUCAAAAGAAGCUUCCGGCUAUGAGAAAUGCAAAGCUCGCCACGGGAUUGUCUAAAGGCAAGUCAUAUCCGAUACGAUCGAAGCCAUCUCUGUGGGCCGAGACAAGAGGUACCGUUCCAGACAAACUUUGGGCGACUCUUAUCGACUUGGUGGACGGCGAGCUUGAGAGACCACAUCGCAGAUUACUCUUCUUGACGAGGACGCAACAGGUAAACUUUCCUCAAUUUCCGAUAUUUCUCAGCAAUGGCCAAUCCGUCAUGGUGAAGUCAACGAACCUUGGUGAUAGAAAGCCUCUUGAUGUCUCGGAACACAUGACGACAAAGCUCACCCAGUUCACAUUGGUAAUAUUCAACGACGUGUUCAGCAAAGAAUACCUUGAAGAGCCGGAGAAAAUGUCUUACUGGUUGUGUCCUGUGAACGAAAGUGUUACGACCGAGGGUGCCACGCACAUUCUUCCCGGAAACAUCAUCGACCACGAAACGCUGGACGAGGUCGUCUGCAAUCGCAAAGGAUACCAGUGGACCGCCAUCAUGCCGACCACAUUCCUACUCGACAAAUUUGUCGUGGACCCGUGGGAUGGACGACGGAAAUUUUUCACGACGCGAGAGGUUUGCCACGACCUCACUCUGGAUCAUCCCAUCCCGGAAGACGGCGUGUCGAAGAAGGAUGCCAAAAGCAUUCUCGAAUUCAGCCUCAGCCCAUUCAAGAAAUCUAGUGGACGAGCGCAGUUGGCCACCACCCAGCCUGUCAUUGUGGCUGGACUGUCGCCAUACACUUUGCGGCGAAAUCUACUAGCCAAGCCAGAAGCGAAGGAAAUGACCAACAAAAAAGUGACAAAAGCAUACAUUUGCCCAGAACCACUUCGAAUCUCUGCGAUACCUUCAGAUCUGGCCGCAACGUGCUUCUUGUGGCCCGCUAUCAUCCACAGGUUCGAGUCCUGCCUAAUCAGUCUGGAGGGCAUUUCAGUCGUCGGUGUCGAUUGUAGCCCCGAAUUGGCAUUGAUGGCUUUCACGAAAGACUCCGACAGCAGCGGUGAUCAUGACGCUGAUGAGCCUGUCACUGUGAACAUCCGCUCUGGGAUGGGAGAGAAUUACGAGCGUCUCGAGUGGUUGGGCGACACCUUCCUGAAAGUCGCGACCUCCAUGUCCGUAUACAUCAUGAACCCGGACGAAAAUGAGUUUGAAUUCCACGUCAGACGCAUGCUGAUGCUCUGCAACAAAAAUCUGUUCAACCGCGCUUCUGAUGAUCAUCUCAAGUUGUACGAGUAUGUCAGAAGCAAGGCGUUUUCACGACGCAUCUGGUAUCCGGAAGGUCUGUCUCUGGUCAGAGGGACAGGUGUCAAGGCCGGAGAUGCGCCGAAGUCAAUGUUUCAUGGCCCUGAGAAGCAUGAUCUAAGUCAGAAAUCGAUUGCAGACGUGUCUGAGGCUCUGAUUGGUGCAGCCUUCCUACACGCCCGACGUCCAGGUAGGUGGACCUCGCAGCAAUUCGACAAUGCUGUUCAGACGGUCACCAAGCUCGUCGGUAGCAAAGACCAUACCAUGGUACGCUGGGAGGACUAUAUGGCCACAUAUUCGAAAGCGAUUCCGAGCUAUCAAACUGGUCAUGUCACAGCAGUGCAAAAGGAUCUCGCGACUAAGCUCGAAAAGGAGCACCCCUAUUGUUUCCGAUAUCCUCGACUUGCACAAGUCGCCUUCGUCCAUCCCAGCUUACCGUUCACUCAUAUCCAGCUUCCAAACUAUCAGCGUCUUGAAUUCCUUGGUGAUGCGCUAUUCGACCUAGCAGCUGUUACAUUCCUGUUCGACCGGUUUCCCGACAAAGAUCCGCACUUCCUCACCGAGAGUAAAAUGUGUAUAGUCAACAAUCGCUUCCUUGGCGCCCUUUGCGUCAAACUUGGGUUUCAUCGGCACAUUCGCCACCAUCACCCCGAGCUCCAAGGCCAGAUCUCCGAUUACGCCGUGCUGCUUGCAGAAGCCCACUCCGAAGCCCAGCGCCUCGCACAGGAGCAAGAUCAGCCUCAUCGUCUGCAAGACUAUUGGACAACAGUCCAGGAUCCUCCCAAAUGCCUCCCAGAUGUCCUAGAGAGCUUCUGCGGAGCCAUGUUCAUUGAUUCCGGCUUCGACUACAACGUGAUCCAAGACUUCUUUGAUCGGCACGUCAAAUUCUUCUUCGAGGACAUGUCACUCUACGACGGCUUCGCCAACAACCAUCCCGUCACCCGUAUGACGGACAUUCUCCAGAACCAACUCGGCUGCUCCGAUUUUCGAAUAUUGCUCCGUGACUACGCUGGCGGCGAGGAGGGGAGGGAGAAGACGCUUGCCGCCGCGUUGAUGGUGCAUGAUAGGAUUGUGGAAGGAACGGCGACGACGGGGACGAGUGAUCGAUAUGCGCGGGUCCGAGUUGCGAAGCAGGCCGGGAAGAUUUUCGAGGGAAUGUCACCGGUUGAUUUCAAAGCGAGGUGGGCUUGUACAUGUAGCAGUAGAGGAACUCAGGCGGAGUAA